UGUCUUUGAUUUCUAAUCUACCCACACAACCUCAAAUCCGAUUCUCAAAUCACAUAGAACAAAUCAAAACAUCUUCAUCAUGGCCCCCAAGAAAGGCGCUGUCGACCUGACUUCGCCCGAGGCCGUGGCUCUCAUCACCCUCUUCCAAUCGACCGGGCUGAGCGAAUCUCGAGCUCGUAACACAGUGCAAUCGACCAAAUCGUCUUCUGCCUACUCUCGGCUCGUCGACGAAGCUGAUCUAGCUCGAGGGAACACCAAGUUGGAUGAGAAGCAGGCUGGGCUGUGUGCAGACCUGGCGGCGGCCUGCGGAUACGAGGCGGGAAAGGACAAGUUGCGCAAGGAGGAGGUGCUUUACGUCGCUGAUGCGAUCAAGGAAGGGAGAUUGAGGAGCACAGACCAGGUUUCAGCUGCUGUGACUUACCUCGAGUCCACCAAUGCAACUCGACCUGAAGGCAGCAGUCCCAUCGAUAAAGAUGCCUUUGACAAAGCUUGCGGUGUCGGCAUCUCUUUCACUCCCGAGUCUAUCGCCGAUUCCCUUGCCUCCUACCUUUCGAGCCUGUCUAUCGGGACCGACAGCGGUGAGAGCAAGGCCCCAACCGAUUGGAACAGUCUCAAGACGUUUAGAGGAGGUCUGAUGAAUGCCGUACCGGAUCUAAGAUGGGCAAAUGGAAAAGAUCUCGCCUCCGCCGUUGACAACCUUUUUGUUGGGCUGUUCGGCACUCGAGCUGCCGCCAAUGCCGCCGCGAAGGCCAAGCCUGCCGCCAAAACCACCACUUCCAAGAGUAACGCCGUUGUCGAACAAGUCUCCACCAACCCAGCCGCAGCUUCCAACCCUGUUUCUAUUUUCACCGAGGGUUUCCUUUCCCGUCUACAUGCCCCCGGCGAGAACCCCCAGAUCAACGAGGAGAACAAGAGGAGACAUCUCGAGGCUACCGGGAAGCGGGUGAUGACGCGAUUUCCUCCCGAGCCCAACGGUUACCUGCAUAUCGGCCAUGCCAAGGCCAUCACUAUUGAUUUCGGUUACGCCAAGCACCACAACGGUUGUUGUUAUCUACGUUUCGAUGACACUAACCCGGAUGCGGAGGAAGGAGUCUACUUUGACUCGAUCUUGGAGAUGGUCCGCUGGCUAGGUUUCGAACCUUGGAAAAUCACCUACUCGAGCGACAACUUCCAGAAGCUAUACGACUUUGCCAUGGAGCUGACUAAGAGGGGAAAGGCCUUUGUGUGCCAUUGCGAUAAGGAGACCAUGCAGGCCGCUAAAGGAAACGGUCGUGGAACUCCUACCGCCUGUAUCCACCGGGACCGACCAAUCGAGGAGAACGUGCGAGAGUUUGAACGGAUGAAGAAUGGAGACUAUCCCGAAAAGGCGGCCGCAUUGAGGAUGAAGAUCGAUCUAUCCAGCGGAAAUCCGUAUAUGUGGGACCCGGUCUGUUACCGUGUCAAGACGACGCCCCAUCACAGGACGGGAGACAAGUGGAAGAUAUAUCCGGCUUACGACUUCGCCCAUCCGCUGUGUGACUCUUUGGAGAACAUUACUCACUCCCUUUGCACUUUGGAAUUCGUGGAAGCGAGACAAUCGUACGAAUGGCUUUGUGACGCCCUGGAGGUAUACAAGCCCCGGCAGUACGAAACCGCCAGGCUCCAGCUCAACGGAACGUUCCUGUCUAAACGGAAGAUCCGGGCUCUCGUUGAGGGCGGCUACGUGCGUGGUUGGGACGACCCACGUCUGUUCACCCUGAUCGCCCUCCGUCGUCGAGGUAUCCCCCCGGCGGCUAUGCUCAGAUUCGUCGAAGAGCUAGGAGUCUCGACGAGCGACUCGGAGAUCAAGCUCCAACGAUUCGAAUCGGCCAUUAGACAGACGCUCGAGCUGACGGUACCGAGGUUGUUUGUGGUGCUCGAACCGGUCAAGCUGGUGAUCGAAAACGUCGCCGAGGACUGGUCUCAUACGGUCGAGAAGCCGCUGCAUCCCAAAAUCCCCGAGAUGGGCAAGGCUCAAUUGACCAUGCGCAAACACAUGUUCAUCGACAAGGACGAUUUCCGAAUCACCCCUCCCGCCGAAUUUUCUCGAUUGUCGCCCGGCAAAUCGGUCAUGCUGAUGGGCGGACCUUGCCCGGUGACAUGUACCGGCUACGAGACUGACGACGCUGGCAACGUUACCUCGAUCCGAUGCGCACUCGAGAACGGUACCGGGCCCAACGAGGACAAGAAGUUCAAGUCCAAGGACACGGUCGCUAUUCAUUGGCUACCCGACACCCCCGAGGGCAAGGUGGAGCUCGACGAGGUCCGCUUCUUUGAACCUCUCUUCAAGAGUGACAAUCCGGCCAAGCUAGAGAAUUACACGGAUGACAUCAACCCCGAUUCGCUCAAGGUGUAUACUGGGGCUCUGAUUGAACCGGCAUUCUUCAGCCUGUCCCGCUCGCUCAUCAAGCAAGCCAAGGAUGAAGCCGAGAAGCGGACCAAGGCCGCGGCGACGUUCUCGUCCAGCAACGUUGAUGCCAAGGCCGACGUGAAGGUUGAGAUGGGCACGAACGAUACCACCAUUGAGGUUCCGCACGACAGCGAUACGCCCGUAGCUACCGCCGCUCAGCUUGUGGGGAUGGAGUGCAUCCGAUUCCAGGGGAUGAGGUUGGCGUACUUUGCGGUCGAUAAAGAAGCCGUGUUGAGUUGCUUGAAUGACGACGACAAGACUGUGGCGGGCAGGCGACCGGGCGACAAGCUCAUCCUGAACAAGAUCGUCUCGCUCAAGGAGGAAAAGGGUAAAGUGGCCGCUGCGGCCGCCUAGGGCUCUGCCCGCUCUUUGCUAGCUUGUACAUGAUCAUCAAAUGACGACAUGCAUGUGGAUGCAGCAGUAUGAUCAUCAAGAGGCGGUUUCAGUGAGACCUGCUACAUAUCUCGACAACAUCCUCUCAUGCGACGUUUCCCGAGAAACGGCGAGAGGUAUCUGAAAUGACUGAACGCCUCAUAAACGUACAUUAUUUCCUUGUCUCGUUCCACGUGUGUAGCUCUGUUACAUAUAAAUGCGUGGUAUCACACCUAUCAGGACUCGCAUGUCAGAUCGUAAGACCCGUCACCAUGACAUGCUCACGAUAGCGUCUUC